AACACCCAGCUACAGAGAACUCUCCGUCCUCGGCGGAGUUCUGCAGCCGCUGCUGCUCACUGGUCGUGGGGGAACACAUUUCGGGUUGAGAGAAGCCCGCCUGCUUGUUGCCGGGCCGGGCGUUUGCUUCGGCGGACACCUCCUCAGUGCCGUUGGAGCGAUCAUACUGAGCGUACGGAACAGUUGUACAUUGUAUAGACAAUCGUUGCUCUAGUAAUACUACAUUAGUUCGACAUACACAGCGUGUGACGGAGCUCCGAGACCAGGCCACAGUGGCGCGCAGACUGCGAUGCUGGAUCCACAAUCAGGUCAAGAAUACGUAUCUACAGGGGUCGAAGGAUGCAGCGGGGGACCCGAAACCCUCGAGGACAUCAAAUAUCACGAUUCGUCCACCGACAAAUACCAUUCUGUUCAGGUCAUGUUCAGUUUGCCACCUAUAGAAUGCGGAACAGACCCCUCAAAUUAUUUACACCUGCAGGAAGCUCCGGCCCCGAUGAGUCCCCUGCAUACGCAGGUAACCGUACAUCAUUUGAUAAAAAAAGAAGACUCAGCUCCAACUACUCAGACCAGCGGUGUAGGAAAUCCGACCGCUGGUCCUAUGGUAAAAAAAGAAAAACACUCAGCUCACAGCGCGGCCCAAAAUAAUAAUAAUAAUACUAACACCAGCAACAACGAAGUCAAAAAGAAGAAGACCAGGACAACAUUUACGUCCUUCCAACUUGAGGAGCUCGAGCGCGCGUUUCAAAGAGCGCCGUAUCCGGAUGUUUUCGCUAGAGAAGACCUUGCCCUAAGAUUAAAUUUGAGUGAGUCGCGGGUGCAAGUCUGGUUUCAAAACCGGCGAGCAAAGUGGCGUAAAAGAGAACCCCCCCGAAAAAAUAAUUUUCUCCAAAUGACUACAGGCGUUUCUCGACUGCAGGUAGCGUGUGCCCUACCGCCGGCUCCUUCACCGCUGGCGUCUUGUACUUCAUUGGCACCUCUGUCGACGCUAACGACGCCAUCCCCAGCAUCUCCUCCAACGAAUGCGACUUCAGUAACGGCACAGCAACCCUCAACAGUGGCGCCUCCAACGUCGAGUUGUGGCUCAGUGUCACCUUCACAUGGGAAUCAUGGUGUGAGCUCCGAUCAACAGAAUUUGUACCAGUCGGCGACUGCAGCGUCUCCAUGUGGUCUUUGUGGACCCUCCCUUCCAGCAUUUUCGUCAGCGAAUUCGUUCCACGACACAGCAUCGUGGACUCAUUUUGGGCAACACUCGUUUAGCCCGCCAAUGAGCUCGAUGGCACCGAUGACUUCAAUGGCCUCAAUAUCGCCAAUGGCCUCCAUGACUCCGCAUACGGCGAGUGCUUAUGAUUACGAUAUCUAUCAGCAGCAGACACAGACGAUGCCACAUCUGCAGUAUCAAGACGAUCUCACGCUUUCGGCAGCCAUAUCCCCUCACGAUGGGUCGGGAUGUAUGUCUCCCUUGUCGGCUUCGCUUUCGCCUUUAGGACAAUGGGGAGGCCAAGCACUCCAGGAGGGCCCCCUAGCUCAGCUGGCACCUCUGUCGUCGUGCAUGGGUGGUCCUUCGCUUUCCAUAUCGAUGAGUCCGCCGCUACAUGGUCUCCAUCAUCAGCCGCAGCAGCAACAACAAGGUCAUCCCUCCUCGCCAGCACCCCUCUUCGACAUAAGAAACCCCUCUGAUGUUUCGGGAGCCCAACAACCACAACAACAACAACAGCAGCAGCAGCAGCAGCAGCAACAACAACAACAACGACAACAACAACAUGGUGGCCAUUCAAGCUCGCAAACUCCUCAAUCACAAGGCGCUCCAGGCAGUCAAUCCGCAACACAUAGCGGCCCCGGGGGGGGCGGCCAGCACACAGCCGUAUCCUCGAACUCGACUAACCCUUUAUCGUCACUUUCGCCGCUUGAUGUGUUCAAUUAGUUUUCUAGUACAGAAACAACAAAAAGUGCAGUAAUUGUGAGACAGUUGUAAUGACGGUUAUGGCACGGGAGUUAUGGUUUGCCGAUGUCAGCUUGUUUGAAAGGAAAUAUCUAAAAGUUGAAAAUGCCUCAAGUGAAGACUGGACAGAGAUUAUAAGAACCUUUGAAUGUUAUGGUUAGAUCCUCCUAGCUGGUCACGCUUUGGGAAGCGGAAGCGUCGCUUUAAGAAAACAAAAGAUAUUCUGUGCCUUGGUGCCCUAGCGACAAAUGCAUUUUUGGUGAAUACCGGUGUGUCUUAACGUAUUUUUCGCCCUUUUUAGAUACAAGAUGAUACCAUUUUUACGUCUAGCGCGUCUAGAACACGUCUAGCGCUCAUACACACACGCGCCAAUAAGGAUUUAAAGGGCGACGACAGCUUAUACGUGUAUUUAGAGUAACAGAAGUUUCGAUGGUUAGAUUGGCAGAAGGACAUUGAUCAAGUGGCUUCAAGUGAACAGGAGACCGAGCCAAGAUCUUUGAACGUAGAAUUAAGUUAGAUCUGGGUUAGUAGAGAAACGGUUUAAAAUGCAUGCUGGUAUGUCUCAGUCGGCUAACAGUUAUCGCUAAAGCCUGUACGUUCAACGGAUAACAGUACCUCCAAUACUCGGAAUAAUGUACAAAAUGAUACGUAUGAUUAUGAUGAUUAACUCUGAUGAUAAAGCUUUUUUUUUUUUUCGAUAUAUAUUGAUAAUUACACCAACAACACAAAAGGCAAUAUACAAUAGUUAUCUUAUUCAAGGUCAAUUAGGUAAACAGUGAAACAAUUCUAGAUAGGACAUAUCAUAUUGAAUUCAUACUGUGAAGCAGUAGAAAACGAACAAGCGCUUCUCUACCGAGAGAAUUUUGACAAUACGAUAAAUUAAUAUCUGAUUUUCGGCGUCCUGAACGUGUCCGAAAAGGCUAUUUUUUGCACAUGUUUGGAUAGAAUUAACCAUAGGCUAACUAUAUAUAUAGUUAAAAUGAAUGUCUACCCCAUUGCACCUACUAAUCAUAUCUUGAAAGCCGACAUAACGAUAGUAAAACGUUCUUCUAUGAUCGCCCGUAGACAUGCGGAUUGUGUCACGCUAGCUUGAAGAGUUUCGAGCUUAUGGGCAACAAGAAUUUUUGAUCGACUGCUUAAUAUGAAGCUCAAGCUAAUCAGCUGAAGAACAGCGACCUCCUACUUCUUCCUGUGUAUGAUAUUAGAGCAACAAAAAAAAACUUAUUGAUGUUCCAUAAAUAAGCUGCACUACUGCU